CUUUGUGUGUUCAAUUGCUUAGAGAAUUGUUGCGCCAGGAUACGCAUACCACCCGCCCAUCCUAAGUGUGCUUAAAUAAACAAAUAAACAAGUGUUUGUGUUUGUGCAUGAAAAUUAAAUGGAAAACUUAAUGAAUUCCGCAUGAGGUGUGCGAGUGUUUGCAGUCCAAAUUCGAAAUAAUUUUGGGUUUCCGUGACGGAAUGUACACAUAAAUACCGCUGCGAGCUGGCGAUAUAUUUACGUAUCAAACUAAUUGCAUUCUAAUUUAAAUAACUUUUAAUUAAAAACAUGACCUCGUAAUAAAGUAACGUGACCCCAAAAGCCGCAUAGAGAGCGUGUGCAAUAGUGUGUGUGUGUGUGUUUGUUUGUAUGUGCAACUUCACUUCGAUUGGGGAAAUCAAUCAGCAAUUAGGAAGGCAAACCGAGCACAGCGCCUGAAGGAGGUCUCGUGCUUGGCCUGGCCUGGCCUGUGCCGCCCACCGCCCACCGCCCCCACAAGCACACAAGCAUUUCCGACAAACGGGCAGCGAAGAUGGACCAGCGUAAUCUAACACUGCCACCGCCAGCCGCACCAACAACAAUUAUGUCCUCGUCAUCAUCAGCAGCCACAGGAGCAGCAGCAGCAGCGGCAGUGGGCGCAGCUCUUCUGGUGGAAGCAGCAGGCGGACCCACCACAUCGGCACUGGCGAGUAUCGCAGCAGCAGCAGCAGCAACAACAACCAUAGCAUUAGCCACAACAACGACGCCGACAACAACCACGCCGGGCACAUUUUUUACAUACAGCAUACCGGGCAUGGACAUAGCGCCAGGACCAUUUAUAUUCACCUACGUUAGUGAAUUUUUAUCGCUUAUCACGCCCGAAGAAUUGCCGCUCGAUUCCAUACGCGAUGUUCUACACAAAAAUGUCAGCCUGCUCGACUUUGCCUCGAAUGCCAUCAAAAUCGAAUCCGGUUUCAUUGGCCUGAUGAGCAUCUUUGCCAUCCUCGCGCUGGUACCGCUAAUCGCCACCUGUGCCUGGUGCUGUGGCCGCCGUGCCACCCAGGAGGAGGUGGACCACAUACGCAGGGCACCCGUUCACAUACGCGACGAGGCGCUGGAGGAGAGUCUGCGGUGCCGCAAGAGCGCCGGCCUGGUCACACUCUGGAUCAUCUUUGUGCUGCUCACGCUGAGCGACCUUAGCAUAUUUUAUGCCAAUAGCCGACUCUCCGCUGGCAUCGAGAUGACGCCCGAAAUGGUAAAGUCAGCCGUGCACGAUGUGGAGGUCUUUCUCAAGGACACACAUCUGCAGAUCAAACACAAACUGGAUAAUGGCUUUCAUGUUUCCGUUGAGAGAGUCGUCAAAGACUUGGAAGACGUGGAUGUUCUACUCGGUGAGCCGAUUCAAGCGGAAAUAUCUGCACACACUGGCCUUGAGCUGGCAUAUGAUUCAUUGACGACACUUAGCCUGGCGAAUGCGGAGCUCAUCUAUCGCGUCCUCAUGCUGCAGGAGACUGUCGGCCGAGCCCUGAAGCUCUCCCAGGAGGCAACGGCACGCAUGGAGGAGCUGCAGAUACAAUUGUCGGUGCUGCAGCGCCAGUGCACGUACAGGGACCGGCCGCUAUGCGACACAUUGCGUAUACGCAGCUUCGAAGAGAACGGCGUCGUCGAUGCCCUGAAAACUCUGCAAGAGGACCAGAGCAUCUUCCGUAUGCGCUACUUGGGCGAAAUUGAAUUUGGUGCCACUGUCAAAAAUCUGACAUCGGAAGUUGGUGUGUCACGUUCUAUUUUCAGCAAUUUCCCGCAACAAGUUAAACAUGACACGGCAUAUGAGCGGAACUAUACCCUGGAGCAGUUGUCGAGCAUUCGCCACAGGACAACGGCCAAUGCACAGCAGCUGACGUCGGCCAUCAAUGUGGUGCUGAAGCGACUGGAGGGCACCUGGCCCUCGCUGCAGCCGGCCUACAAUGAGCUCAAGGAGUGGGCCGACAUGUACUGGAGCAUGGGCUGGAUAGCCGCCAUGGUCAUCAUCUGGGUGAUGCUCUUUAUGCUAAUGUCCUACUGCUGCUUCCUCUGCGAAUCGAACACCAAGUCCGGCGUCGUCUUCUUCGUGGCCGUGCUGAUCAUCUGCCUCGCCAGCAUCGCCCUCACCUUCUACGGCAUCUUCUCGCUGGCCGUCGGCGGCAACACGGAGGUCUUCCUCUGCCGCUCACUCUACGACAAGGACUACGACAUGCUGGGUAAGCUAUUCGACAAGCCCGGCUAUGUGUAUGCCCGCGAGCCCCAGACGGGCAUCAUUGGGGAACUGCUGCGACCCGCAGGCGUCAAUCGGUCUGUUGUGAAUGUCAGCCUAGGCAGCGCGCUCAGAGGCUGCGAACAAAAUCAAGCGUCGUACAAUGUCUUUCAAUUGGAUGCAUUCGUGAAUACCACGAAAAUCGCGGAUUUGAAACAAUUUCCAAAAGUUUCGACGGCCAUCGAUGCAAUUUCCGUGUCGGGCCGCACGCUGCUCUCGCUGACCCAAUCCGUACAGAACAUAUUGGAGAAUAUGCUGCAGACAUCCUCAUUCAAUCUGACCACAUAUCGCAGCAGUGUGGGUGCGCCCACGCCCGAAAAGGAUUUGGCCACAUUCAUCGAUCAAAUGCAGCGAGUAGCCCUACAGAUUCAGGACGUCGCCACAUCAUCACGCAUGACCACCCUGGGCAGCCGCUCAAAGCGCCUGCAGGCCUCGAUUCUGCAGCCAUUGGAGAAUCUACAGAAUGAAAUACUGUACCAUCUGACGGCGCUCGAACUGCAGCGGGAUCCGUGGGCCAAGCAGGUGAAUCAGACGCUCAAUCAUCUGAAGAGCAUUCAGGGCUACCUCGAGAACAAGGCGGGCGAGAUAUGCCACAACAUGACACGACUCUACACGGACCGCCUGAAAGCUUACUUGACCAGCAGUCGCGCCACAAUGGAAUCACAGCUUGGGGACACCACCACCAAGUGCCGACCCUUCUACGACACCUUCGAUGCCAGCCGCACGUUCCUCUGCCGCAACAUGGUGGACUUUGUCAAUGGGUUGACCUUCUUCAUCCUCCUCACGCUGCUGCUGUGGGCCAUUGGCACGCCCGUGGGCCUCAAUCUGAUCACCAUACAGACACGCCUGAAUGUGAUGCAAGCGGCACAGGCACGCAGCAAGAGCAGGCAGCGACGCAGCGAUCGCAGUCCGGAUCGGGAGCGGGAGCGAGAGCAGCGCAGCGACAGUCGCGGUAGGAAGAAGCAGCGAACGAGCAGUGUGUCGGCCACAGGCAGGAGUGCACGCAGAGAGCAGAGCAGGGAGCGUAGCACCAGUAGCACGGCACGAGCAAGGCCACAGCUACGUCGCACCGCCACGGAGGAAACCCUCGACUUGGACGAUGAUUCGACACCAACUAGACAGCCGCAGCAGCAGCAGCAGCAGCCACCGCAACGGCGACAGGAGCAGAAUCAGCGGGAAAUGGAUAGAGAGCGGGAUCAGCAUAGUCGGGAACGGGAACGGGAGCGGGAGCAGAGUCGCGGACGUGAGGUGUCGGCCAUCAAUACGCCCGUGCGUAGUCGCAGCCGUCAGCAGCUGCGGCACGAUCCCGAGGAGGACAACUGGGGCUCAUCCAGUGGUCCCAGUCGGGCCACAUCCAAUGAGCGCGAGACCAGUCAGGCUAGAAAGAUUCUCAAUGUUUGGCAGUCGGGCAGAAAUAAGAUCAAGCCACCGACGCUUCAGCGGCAGGGCACCGAGGAGUACGACUUUGAUGUGGCACCCGAUGACAUUGGCUGGCGUUCGCAUGUCCAGUCCAGUGUCAGUCCCGAGCAACGCAGCCGUCAGCCGCCAGACACUCGCUCCAAUCUUCGUACUAAACAGAAGCUACGUAGUACCAAUGCGGAUAGAGCUAGCAGCGAAAUGGUGCGUCGUCCCGUAACGCCCGUCUUGAGCGUUAAUCCAGACAUACCGGCAGCCAUGCCCAUGCCCCGCACACCGAUGCGUUUGAGGAGCAAAGUCUCGCUGACUGCCCGAGCGGUGCAGGAUAUUGUCAACAAGCGGAGUCAGCGUCUCCAACGCACUGGCACCGAUGAAUUUGACUUUGACGAAAGCGAUGCCUAUGGCACUGGAGCACAUCUAGAGGCGGAUGUGGCGGCCGCCCGACGCACGCCACCGCGCAGCGCUCCGCCGCCCCCGCCUCCGCCAGCGCCCGGCAUGAACAGCGACAAAGCCUAUAUAUUCUGAAAUCUCCAAACUUUCUCUCCCCGCAACCAAACUGACUACCCGGCGCAGAGGCCUGAGCGUGCGCUGGCACGAGGAAGACGAGGACUUGGUCUUUGAGGAUGUCGAUGCGCCGAAAAAAAGCUAAAAAAAAUCUAACCUAAGUGCCCACACGAAUUUCUAAGGCUAAAACUAAGUCUCGUCUUGCAAAAUUUGUUUUAUAUUUCGCUUCUGAUAGAUAGCCCAUAGACUCACCCACCGAUGCGUGGGUUUCAUUAUGUUUUAAGCAUUUAACAAGGUGU